ACUGUUAACAAUGAUCCAAUGAAUGAAAAUUUAAUUUUUGUUCCGUUUCUGUUAUUACAUUUACAUGAAGACGUUCUAAUUACAAUCUUUGUUCACACAGUAACGAUACAUCGGAAACGUGUAAUGCUCUCGCCACGCCACUAGGCGGUGCUAGGUUCUUUGAAACUAAGUGGCAUGUGUUUUAAAAAAAAGUUCUACUUGAAGGCACGUCGGUUCGCGUUCCCCCAUCGGGUCCCGUUCCCCCAUCGGGUCUCGUUCCCGUAUGUCCCGUUCCCCUAUCAAAUCCCGUUCCCCCAUCGGGUCCCGUUCCCCUAUCAAAUCCCGUUCCCCCAUCGGGUCUCGUUCCCGUAUGUCCCGUUCCCCUAUCAAAUCCCGUUCCCCCAUCGGGUCUCGUUCCCGUAUGUCCCGUUCCCCUAUCAAAUCCUGUUCCCCCAUUGGGUCUCGUUCCCGUAUGUCCCGUUCCCCCAUCAAAUCCCGUUCCUCCAUCGGGUCUCGUUCCCGUAUGUCCCGUUCCCCCAUCAAAUCCCGUUCCCCUAUCAAAUCCCGUUCCCGUUCCCCCAUCGGGUCCCGUUCCCCCAUCGGGUUUCGUUCUCCCAUCGGGUCUCGUUCCCCAUCGGGUCCCGUUCCCCCAUCGGGUCCCGCUCUCCCAUCGGGUCUCGUUCCCCAUCGGGUCCCGUUCCCCCAUCGGGUCCCGUUCCCCCAUCGGGUUUCGUUCCCCCAUCGGGUCUCGUUCCCUCAUCGGGUCCCGUUCCCCCAUCGGGUUUCGUUCCCCCAUCGGGUUUCGUUCCCUCAUCGGGUCCCGUUCCCCCAUCGGGUUUCGUUCCCCCAUCGGGUCCCGUUCCCCCAUCGGGUCCCGUUCUCCCAUCGGGUCCCGUUCCCCCAGAUAUUGGGGGAACCACACUGUGUGUGUCUGAUUAGGGCGCAGUUGUAAAAAAGUGGGCUAACUUCUCUGAAACCCGUUGUUUGAGUUUUCACGGUGUCUGUAGUUCUCUAGAUCAGAGCUGAACAAGCAGGCGUGUAUUUUGCCGCCUUGGUGAUGCGGAGCGAUGAAGAGACGCUGAGGGAACCGGACCUGAUGGGGGAACAUGAACUGUAGCAACAGCAGCAUUGUCAGCAGUUUCUUCUUCUGUGGAUGGUAGGAAGCAGCUGUUUUGCGUCAUGCUAUGCAUUAGCUAGAGAUUCUCUGACAGAAAAGAUCCAUUUAUUCUGUUUACAAGACAACGGUACCGGUACGUUCAGAACCACUGGACUCUGGAACUCGAUUUCAAUCUGUGCUGUUUCAGAGGAAACAUUCGGUGGUUUCAUGUAAAUGUAGAGAACAAACCCAACAAAACGUCCAUUUUCACCAGAAACUGUUGUCCUGUAAACAGGGACUUAGUCUAAUGUUUUAUUUGUACCUACAGUGAAUUCAGACUGAAUCAUUUUGUCAUCUCUGCCAACAUUUGGGUCUAAAAUCAGCCAAAGCACUUUAAAACAUCCAAAUGGUUUAUGGUAAUAACUUUAUGAUUAUGAUUUUGAAACAUUUCAAAAAACUUCCAGAUUAUUUAGUGAAAUUUCACCGGCACCAAGUCGUUACCUAGCAACUCCAGCUGAUCUCCAGCAUUUGGUCAGAUAGUUUUUAUGCACUGAACAAUGGCUGCUGGAAAAGACAAGAGUUUAGUUGGUGACUUGUUGAAUUCUGGUUGGAUGUGCAGAAGGCUCCACUGAUGCUUUUCAAAGCUGUGCAGGUGGCAGUGGGUUCUCAUGGCUCAGCGGUUCAGGCGUUGGACUGGAUCAUUCAUUGGUUGAUUCAAUCCAACAUCUGCAAGGAAGCAGAGCGAAACCCUGGAUCAGCAGGGUUUUUACUGGAAGGAUCUGCCGGGUUCCGGGGUUUUGGUUCUGUUUUUUCUUUAUUUUUGGAUCCUCUUGGUGGUUCAAGGGUUGUCCACCAGAUAGCACCAGAGGCUGGUUUCCAGGGGGAGGCGUGCCUGUAGUUCUGCACACCUGACGAUGAUCGUCUCAUCAUCAGCUGGAGGUGAAAAGAUGCUGACAGCCAGCACUUCGAUGCUGGAGUGUUUUCGCCAAAACGGUGUUUCCUCUUGAGUCAAUCCCUGGAUCCUCCCUGAGAGAUCUCCGUUGUGGCUUUUGGAUUAAGCCCUCCUCGUGACGCCGUGGGUGGUUCCCACAGGUUGCCUGAGUUCCCAUUUCCUCCUCAUCUGUCAGAUCUCAGGAUUCUCCAGUUUCACUUCCUCCGGCUGGCUGUCGGACCCUUCCCUCCAUCAUUGUCAAAUCCAGAACUUACCCGUCCGCCCUCCACCGCCGUCUCCCAGCCUUUGGGCCUCGCUCAGCUCUGCUGCCCAUCCAGAACCCGCAGUAUCCACCUCCUCAAUCCGAGACUAUAUCUACCAGAAAGUAAGAGCUGAUUUUUCCUUCUCGCACAUCCUGUUUCCCAGCUACCAUUGAACUCACCAUUUCCUUUUCGCUGUUCUGCAGUGAGCCGCAGUUAGCAGCAUUCCCCCCCAGUCUGGACCCAAACCACGCCAACAUCUUUACUGGGUUAUUGUUUUACAAUAAAUAUUCUUCAACUGA